AUGGUCUCAAAUGCCCAAGAUUUCGAUCACCCAAUCAUUGGGAAAGUCAAGGGCAAAGCAUCCGACGGAGUAAUCCAGUUCCUCGGCCUCAAGUAUGCUACUCUACGGCACUGGUUCGACAAUGCGAAGCUUGUCCAGUACGAUGGCAGUGGACUCAACGCUACACGCCACGGUCCGCAAGCCGUAUCCGACCCAGACGGAGUGAAGAAUGAACACAUGAUCAUUCAGAAGUCGCUCCCAAUACCCGAAUUCCCCGGUCUCUCGGGGACCGAGUGUCUCAAUCUGAAUCUCACAGCGCCCCUUGAGAUUGGUGACCUAAAGCAAUUGCCAGUUCUGGUUUUCAUUCACGGCGGAGGGUUCGGCACGGGAUCCAACUGGUGGCCUCAGUAUGAUACCAAGCGCAUAGUCCAACAUUCAAACAAGCUUGGGAAGCCCAUCAUCGCCAUCAACAUCAAUUACCGCCUCGGAAUUCCUGGAUUUCUGACAUCUGAGGAGCUUCGCAAAGAAGGAUUCAAGAGCAAUCAAGGUCAUCAUGAUCAGAGGGUGGCUUUGGAGUGGGUGGGAAAAUACGCGUCGGGAUUCGGGGGAAAUCCUCAGAGUGUGACCGUUGUAGGUGAAAGCGCUGGUGGCAUCUCGGCGGCCCGUCUAUUAUACUCUGAGAAAGCUCUUGCCUCUCAACUCAUUAUCUUGGGAGGCUCGCCGCCGUCCCUCGCACCCCUGGAGCUUGGUGUGGCUGAGCAGGCGUACAAAGGCGUUGUAAAAGCUUUGGGAGCUGAAGAUGUGAGUUCGAGUGAACGUAUCAAGAUCUUGUCAAGGGCGUCCCCCGAAGAGCUCUCCUCGAAGAUUGGCAGAAGCCUUCCUUUCCUGCCGGUUCUCGAUGAAGAAACAGUCCCGUUCGUGCCGACGUUCGAGACGGCGUCAGCUGGGAAGCUAAUUCCCAAGACAACAUCUUGUAAAGCUAUCAUGGUCGGGUACGCCCCCUUGGAUGCGAGCAUAUUUGGGUUUAUGGGUCUUUUCCAGCGAAAGGAGAACAUCGCAGCCUCGUUCACGCAAAUCAUCAACACAGCUAUGUCACACCAUGCGGGCAUUGCUGCGCAGAUUCUGCAGGCAUACGACAUUAAUGACACCACAAACGACGAUGAGGCUUUCAUCCGAGUUCUGCAAUUCGCCUCUGAUAUUGGAUUUCGGGCAACGGCAGAGUCAUUUGCCAACAGCUUUCACGGCGACUCCUAUUUGUUGGAGUUUGCCGAGCCCAAUCCGUGGGAAGGGCCAUUUAGGGGCUACAGCACCCAUGUCCUCGACGUGGCAUUCCUCUUCCAAAACUAUAAGGAACAUCUUGGAGAGGAGCAGCGAAAGUCCGCCGAAUCAUUUGUCACCGACAUAGUUGACUUUGUUCAUGGUCAAGCUCCAUGGAAGCGGUUUCAAGAUGCCGGCGGGCGGGUGGUGUACCAAGAUGGGACGAGAGCUUACAAGGAGGCCGGGGCUAGCACGGCACGAUAUGAUUUGCUGCUCGAGUUGGGUGAAAAGAUUGGGCUGGACACACUACUGAAGGGUUGGGAGGCAUUCCUAAUUAGCGUAACUCUGUUUGUUCUUUCCUAUGCCAUUGGAAUAACGAUGGCCUAUACUCUCGAAAGCAAAUCUCUGGGUUCAACUCUAUGUGGCGUUGAUUUAGGGACGAUCGCACAGUUUAGAGGCAUCCCAUAUGGCAAGAUUGUUUCGCGAUUUGCCCAACCCGAGCCAAUAGUGGCACUGCCGCAAGACAUCAACUGUACUAAGUUUGGGUACGUUCUUUCUGACGUUCGGUCUGAACAUUUGUCGGUGAAGGAAAGGCUGACUAGUUCUCGUGUUCACAGCCCUCGGUGUCCACAAGUCAAAGUUGAUGUAGGGCAUCUAUUGCGUAUACCUCCUGAGCACAGGCUACCCGUUGAGGCCGAAGAUGAGUUUCGAUGCCUCAACUUGGACGUUACGGUGCCCAAAUCACAAGAACUGCUGACGGCUCAAAGAUUACCUGUUUUGGUCUGGAUACACGGCGGCUCACAGGCGGUUACUUUUGGAAGCGCGGCCUCUGGCGUGUGCGACACGAGAAGAAUAGUGGAAGAUUCCGUGAACUUGAGUAAACCCGUCAUCGUCGUGACAGUUCAGUACAGACUCAACAUCUUCGCGUUCGGAAGCGAAAGUAGCUCAAGUAACCUCGCUCUAAGAGAUCAAUCAUUGGCUCUUAAAUGGGUCACUGAUCACAUUCUGGAUUUUGGAGGUGACCCGAAUGAUGUCUCACUGGCUGGAGAAAGUGCUGGAGCGGUAUACUGCCACGCCCACAUAGCGGCUGGCCUUGAAGUAAGAAGAGUCAUACUCUCUUCUGGCUCGCUGUACCUUUCUCCUCCUCAGCCAAGGACAAAGGCUUCUGUUUUACGCCAAACACUCGUGAAUCAUCUUGGUACACUGGGUGACUUUGACUUGAGCACAGCCCCUGUUGAAAAAUUGGUGAAGGCCAUAGAACUGGCUGGAAUACAUUCAUGGUUCCUUCAAGUGGAUCCUACUCUUGUUGGGUGGGAGACAGCAAUAGGGGCUGCGGAGAGCGUGAUGAUAGGUGAUGUUCGAGACGAGGCCGUUCUCUGGCGAGAGGGCAUAUGGAAAAUGGAAGCUUCAGAGAUUGCUCAGGCAUUCAGCUAUGCCGGCGAACACCAGGACACGCUCAAAAAACUCUACAACAUUCAUUCUGACAGAGCCUCCGCUUCCAAGAUAGGGGCGUUGGACUUCAUGAAUGACUACAAAUUUCUUCUCCCAGCGGAGAACAUUGCUCGCCUAUUUAGGGCAGCAAACAAACCCGCCUAUCGAUAUCUCGUUGAUGAGUGCAACCCCUGGCAACCCUCAAAUGGAGCUCAUCACGCGGUGGAUUUGCUUUUUCUCUUUGGAGGAUUUGAUCUUUCAUUUGCUCCUGGUGCACAACAGACUGGAAAGCAGAUGCGCAAGUCAGUGGCCGAAUUCCUUCACGCCCAGGAGCCGUGGCAGUUGGGUAGCUAUGCAGCGUUCGGACCCUACGGGAUGUUUCAAGAACUUGAUAGCGUCGGCGUCAAGCUCCGGAGACGAUCGGAACAGGCGGAAUUUCUGCAUUCGGUUCCUUCAGAGAUCUUGGAUAAGGUGUUCUUUGCCCUUGCGGCCGGCCGGAUCAGCUUACUAAACUGA